UUUGUCGUCUUUUACGACUAUUUGAUCAGACAAGUGCUGUUUAAAUACAGAGACAAGUUACAGUUCACCUGUUGGAAGAGCAGCAGUCGAUUUUCAGUCAUGGAAAACUCACCGAGAACAAAUAAGAUACGAGUCGCCGUGGUGGGGGGAGGACUGGUUGGUGCAUUAAAUGCUUGCUUCUUUGCAAAGAGGGGUUUCGAAGUGGACCUGUAUGAAUCAAGGGAAGAUAUUCGAAAAGCCAAAAUUGUCAAAGGACGAAGUAUAAAUCUGGCUCUAUCGUUAAGAGGGCGACAGGCACUGAAAGCUGUUGGAAUGGAAGAUAAGAUUGUGAGUAAAGGCAUCCCAAUGCAUGCCAGAAUGAUUCAUUCUCUUUCUGGAAAGAGGACACCAAUCCCCUAUGGCAAGAAAGGACAGUACAUUCUCUCCGUGGACAGAGCCUACUUGAAUAAAGAACUUUUAACAGCUGCUGAGAAAUAUCCCAACGCAUCACUACACUUUGGACACAAACUAUUGGAUUGGAGUUUGGAACCACGGUUAAUGACAUUCCGCAGGUCUGAUGGAUCAACUAAGGAGGGAACAAGUGAUCUCAUUGUAGGUUGUGAUGGAGCCUUCUCAGCUGUCAGAAAACAGUUCAUGCGCCAGAGUCGCUUUGAUUACAGCCAUACAUACAUUCCCCAUGGUUAUAUGGAACUCACUAUUCCUCCAAAAAAUGGGAAUUUUGCUAUGGAACCUAAUUUUCUUCACAUUUGGCCAAGGAACACUUUCAUGAUGAUUGCUCUACCAAACCUUGACAAGACGUUUACAUGCACUCUUUUCAUGCCUUUUGAACAUUUUAAAGAAAUCACAACAGAGGAACAAGUGUUGGCUUUUUUUCAGAGAUACUUUCCUGACGCCAUUCCUCUCAUUGGAGAAAAUGCUUUAAAAAAGGAUUUCUUUCGCUUACCCGCACAAGCAAUGGUAUCAGUGAAGUGCUCUCCAUACCACAUUGGAAGUCACUGUGUGCUGAUGGGAGAUGCAGCACAUGCUGUCGUUCCUUUUUAUGGGCAAGGAAUGAAUGCAGGCUUUGAAGAUUGUCUUGUUUUUGAUGAAUUGCUUGAAAAUUACAACUGCGACUUGAGUAUUUGUCUCCAAGAAUUUUCCCGACUUAGAGUACCAGAUGAUCAUGCAAUAGCUGACCUGGCAAUGUAUAACUACAUAGAGAUGCGUGCCCAUGUUAACUCCAAGUGGUUCAUCUUCCGAAAGUAUCUUGACAUGAUGCUUCACUACAUCAUACCCAACACUAUAAUUCCUUUGUACACAAUGGUUACGUUUUCAAGAAUCCGCUACCAUGAGGCAGUGAAAAGGUGGAAAUGGCAAAAUAAGGUCAUUAAUAGAGGAUUAGUACUUUUUGGAUUAUCUUCAGGACUUGGAGCGGCAUACUUGCUAUCAAAGCAUCCUCCCACAAGAAUGAAUAUUCAUCUAGACAGACUCCAGGAUUUGACAGUGUUAAAGAAACUGCUGACAUCUUGGCAUUAGUUUGAGUAGAGGCCCUUCUUCUCUUCCUCCUCCUCCUACUUAUACUUCUGUCAAGUGUUUUCACCAGGCCCCAGAUAGGAGCAGCAGUUACAUGUUUUCAUUCUAACUGAGUCCUCAACCAGAGAUUUUUAACUCAAACCUUCUUUGUCUUUUCUGCACUCAAAGAUGGCUGACAAUAUCUUGUUUUUCAAAGACGUUUGGCAAAGACGUGUAUCAUUUUGCCUUUUAUUUUCACGGAGUGUGUAAGAAGCGUUUUCUUCUUUAUGUCUUUUUACAGGUGUGGCGAUUCAUAAACAGCAAUUUGUAUCUUCUUAUGCUCUUUGAACACUGGCUGCCUAUGGUUAAUUAAUAAAAUAGAAUUAAAUCAACAAACCCCAA